GAUCCAUCUGGGCCGGUUUGGGGGGGAGUAUGGGUGAUUCACUAGCACGCCAGAAAGUGGGGAGGCCAUGCAUUCUUGUCUUCGUUCGCGUGGGGAGGAUCUGCGGGGGCGCAUGCGCUAUGAGGUGAUCCUGGUUAGCCUCACGUGGCGGUGCUGGAAAAGCCUGAACUUGGGGACUCUAGACCUUGGCAAAGGGGAAACUGAGGCAAGAGGUAGUUUGGAGGUGCCUGGACAAAAAGGGAAAUGGAAGUAAAGACACAAAGCUUCACGGUAUUGGAAGUGGUAAGAAUGAAGGGUCCUGUCUUUGAUAACUAUGGCACCGGUGGCUAGAAGACCUUAACUUUGUUUUGUAUCUAUCAAGAACUUAUAACAUUGUAUGUUUUAGGUAUGUUACUCUGUACAUUGUAGAGGAUUAAAACAAGGUGCCCUAGAUAUGGAAAUAGAGCUCCUACCUUUAAGUUUAACUAUCAUAAUUGUUUUCUCUCUGUUGCAAUGUGCCACUUAUUGGCUGUAUACUGAAUGCUGAACCCCAGGGGAACACACUUUGUUUGCAGCCACUCUUCUGCUAGCUAACUUUGAAUAAAUGUAACAUAACCUUUUUUUCAGCUAGUAAUUGACUUUGUCUUUAGACUCAGCUGAUUAGUGCUAUUCUCUCUGGGGUGAGAAUGCCCCAGAAUUUGGUGUCAGAAUUGGAAAAACUAACCUUCUGAGCUCAAAUUCUUAGCCCCUUUCAAACUUCACUUAUCAAGCGCUCUCUUGACUUAAAAAGGAGUUAUAUCUUACCAAAAGCUGUCUCCUUAAGUCACUCUGAAAUUGGGUUAGACAAAAUUCUUCCUUUUUCUGACAAACUUUGAGACAUGGCUUUUUACAUUUGUGUCUAAGCUAAUUGAGAAAUCUGUCUCUACCUCUUGAACUAAACCUGAGGAAGCCAUUUACACUUGGCAUUUAUUUACUUCUUCCAAACACUUUGCAUUUCUGCAUUCUGUCCCCAACUCAUUCAAGUAAACUUCAGUUAUCAAUAAUAUUAAUAUUUUAAUUGCAAAGUCUAAUGGAUUUCCCUAAUCUUGCAUUCUGUAAAAGUUGACCUUGCUGAUCAUCCAUUAGGAUACUUUUCUGGGGUUUUAUGGCUGCUUUCUUGGUUUUUCAUCUGUCUAAUCACUUAAGACUUUUUUGCCCUCCUUCCAUAGCCCAUCCUAGAGAAGACUGACAUUAGACAUUAGAAUGUGAAUGUGUGUGUAUAUAUAUAUACACAUGUUGUGUAUAUCUAUAAAUCCACACUUCACAUCUUUCAUACGUUCUUUUUGUUGAUUUUCAAUAUAAUUCUCCAAAUUACUUUAGUCUUUCAAAAUUAUUUUUAGAAAAAUACUGUUACUGUGUAAGUACAGCAUUCUCUUUGUUCCUGCUCAUUUUGCUCUUUAUUUCAUGCACAACUUUUCAGGUAUUUUCAAAAACAACUCAUAAUUUCUUAAAAUAGUAUUUGAUCACAAUCAUGGUAUUCCCAAUUCAUGGUCCAAUUUCCAGUUCCACUACAAAGAGCUAUUUUAGCAUUUACAUAAAAUUCUUUUCCUUUGGAAAUAGACCUUUUGUAACUUGGGGCAAACUGAUAAGUACAAAGCAAAAUCCAAAGUUUCACUUUGCAUUUUUCAAAUCAAUAAUGAUUUAGAGCAUUUUUUCAUAUGACAGUACUUUGGUUUCUUUGUUGAAAAACUUCAUAUCUUUUGACCAUUUAUGUGUUGGAAAAUGUUAUAUUUUUUAGGUAAGACAUUUUUAUCUUGAGAAACUGUCUAAAAUUUUUUGUCCUAUUUUCUCCUAAUCUUGGCUAUGUUGAGUUUUUUGUACAUAUAGUUUAAUGUUAACAAAACUACAUAUCUAAUUUUGUUCUGCAUCUCAUUUUUUUGUUUUUGUUUUGUCCAUUAGUUUGAAACCCUACAUAAUAUAUCCCCUUUGAUCUUAUAUCCUGGUAAAUGGCAUAGGCUUGGGCCUAAUUUAUGCCAAUUCUUUCCAGGUUUCUCCAUUGUUUAAAUAAUGAAUUGCCCCCAAAACUUAAAACUUGCUGCUGUGUAUUAUAUCUACUGUUCCAUGGUGAUACUUUUCAGUUUCUUGGUCAUUACCAGAUAAUCUUUAUUGCCUUAGAAUGUAGUUUAAAAUCUGGCACUAAUUUUCCUUUUUUAAAAAUAAGUUCUUUUAAUAUUUUUAACCUUUUGUUUUUUCAAAUGAGUCAUUUUUUUCAACACAGUAAAACAAAUUUUUGUUAAUUGGGAAUAGCAUUGAAUAAAUCAGUUUAGAAAAAAACUAACAUUUCUCCAGUUAUUUAAAUGUGAUUUGUAUUAAAUGUUUUAUAAUUGUUUAUGUAGUUUUCUGGGUUUGUUGUGGUAAGUAUACUUUCAAAUAUGUGUACAGUGUCUACAGUUAUUUUAAAUGGAAUAUCUUACUAUCGUUUCUUGCAGGGUUUUGUUGGUGGUAUAUAGAAAUGCUGAUUAUUUGGAUUUAUCUUUACUAAAGUUAUUAUUUCCAGUAUUUAGUUGAAUUUUCAGGAUUUUCCAAGUAUAUCAUAUAUAGUUUUAUUACCUAAUUGCCCAUUCUGAUUCUUAUUAUAGCUAUUGCUAAAAUUUCUAGCACAUUGUUGAAAAAUGGUGACAAUGAGCAACUUGUUUCAUGCCUGGUCUUAUUGGAAAUAUUUCUAGAUUAUCACCAUUACAACUCAUGCUUCCUGAUGAUUUAAGGUAGAGCUUACAGUUUUAAGGAAAAAUGUUUUUAAAAUUAUUUAAUAUUGGAAUUAAUUAAUCUCUAAGUGAUAGUAUUCAUUUGUAAAUCUGUCUGGUCCUGAUAUCUUUUUUGGGGAAGGUCAUUUAUGGCCUGUUCAAUUUAUUUUUUUUUCUAAAAUAGGUUUAUUUAAAUAUUCUUCCCCCCUUACCCCCCCCCAAAAUCAACUCCUAAUUUUAUUAAUUCAAUGGGUUUCUUACAUUCAAUUUACUACUUUUUACUCACUUUUAAGAUUUUCAAUUUGAUAUUUAACAGGAUUUUCAUUCUAGCAUUUUUAAUUUCAUAGACAAUUCAGUGGUCUGUUCUAUUUUAAUUGAGUAAGCAUUAGAGAUAGAAAUUUUCCUCCGAUUUUUCUGCUUCCAUGGUGACUAAAUAUAAUUUCAUUUCAAUUAUGAUCUAGAAAAGAUGGAUUUAAUUUUUCUGUUUUUCUGACAUGUCCUAAGAUGGUAGUUUAUAAAAACUAUAAAGGUGUACCAUGUGUUGCUAAGGUGAUGUUAUCUAAAAUUGUUCACCUUAAUUAUUUUUUGGUUAGAUUUAUCUAAUUCUAAGAGGUGAAGGUUGAAAUUCUCUACUUAUAUUUCCAUCUGUAAUUUGUUUAACUUUUAAAUUUAGGUGCUAAAAUAUUUGGUAUAGAGUAUUGAUAUUGCUUCAUUGUGGUAGUUUAAUCAUAAUAUAGUUUCCUUGUUUAUUUCUUUUAAAUUUACUUUUAGUUUUUGCUUUGAAAACAUAAUUGCUAGCCCUACUUUUUUUUUUUUUUAACAUCAACUGAAACAAUAAAUUCUAUCUAGUCCUUUAUUUUAACUCUGUGUAUCUCAUUUUUAAGUGUGGUCCUUGUAAACAAUAUAUUGUCAAAAUUCUGAUUUUUUUUUUUUUUUUUUUUAAUUCAUUCUGCCAGCUGAUUUCAUUUUAUGGGGAAUUCAUUCCACUCACAUUCAAAGUUAAAAAUCACCAGUUGAGUAUUUCUCUAUUAUCUUUCUCACCUUUUUACACUAUGCCUCCUCACAUGUCUUAAUUUAUUUCUAUUUUUCUAAUUGAUACUUAUACCUUUCUAUUAAUUUAUCUGCCUAUCUGAAUCCUUUAUCCUCCAGUUUCAUCUACACUUCUAAAAAUGCAUCCCUUAUUCCUAAACCCUUGCCCUCUUAAUUCUUUAUAAAUUUGGAAUUUUAUACUUUCUGUUCUUUCUCAUUCACCCAGUUUUGAUGAGAAUAAGGUACUAGAGUUAGCAGCUAUCCCUACCUUCCUUUGUAGCAGUUUCUUUGUAUAACAUCCCUAGCCAGUUUUAUUUUUUUUUUAAUUUCAUCAUAUUCAACCCUAAGCCUUCUAUGUAUGCUGUUUCAAACUAACAAAGUAAUUGGUUUCUUUUCUUGUCACAUUAAUGUGUCAAUUCAUUAAAUAUCCAUCAUAUUUCCCUCAUUCAGGAUUAUACUCAGCUUUGCUGAGGAAAUUAUUUUUAGUUGCAAAUCCCAUCUCCUUUGCUUUUAGAAGUAGAAUGUUCCAAGUCUUUCAGUCUUUGAAUAUAGAAGCUGCUAGAUCUUUCAUUCUGACUGUAUUUAGCUCCAUCUUAUUUAAACUUUUCCUCAUUGUUGUAAUAUUUUCUCCUUGACUUAGGAACUUUAAAAGUUGUGACAUUUCUGUAAAUUUUCAUCUUUGGGAUCUCUUUCAAAUGGUUAUAAGUACUUUUUUUUCCUAUUUUACCAUCUAGUUCAGGGCAAUUUUCCUUAAUUCCUUGUAAUGUACCUCGUCUUUAAUAACUUUCUGGUAAUCGGGCAAUUUUUGUCUGUCUUUGAUUUGUUCUCCAGAGAUAUUUUACAUUCACUUGAUUUAGGGGUGGGGUGUUUUUUUGUGUGUUUUUAUAGCUCUCUGUUGCUUCUAGUUUUCAAGGAGUUAUUUUCUCAAAUUUUUCAAAUUUUCAAUUGGUUGACUUACUGAAAUUUCAGUCGUUUUCUUGAAUUGUAUUUUUUCUUCCCUAACUUUAUUUCUCAAUCUUUUUAGUUUUUGCAAGAAAUGCUUUUGGGUUUGUGACCAUUUGACAUUUUUCUUUAAAAAAUUAGCUUUCAUCCAGUUCUUGUCCAUCCCCAUAUUACAUAUCUAUGAUUGGCUUCUCCUUUGCUUUGUUAUUUUUAGUGGCAGUCAGGUUCUAAUAAGAGUUGUGGGGGUAAUCCCUCCAACUUGGAUUUGUGGAUUUGUGUUUUCUGAGUUUUGUCAAAGGGCCCAACUUGGCCCAGCAACGUUGUCAGUCAAGGCUUGGCUUUUGUGAUUCUUAAAGCUAUGAAUUCGAUCACUCCUCUGCCCUGGAACUAAAACCAGGAUUUCAGUCUUAUGCAAGUGCCCACAGAUCUUUUCCUACAGCUAUAGGCAUUGGGUCUGGCCUUCAUAACAGCUUAGGGGCCUUCAUUCUUCCCUUGCUUGGCUCAUUUUAUCUUUUGUGAGAGGAUUUUAGGGAGCUGUAUUUCCUGUCUUUUUUUCCUUCCCUUCCCUAUUCACUUGAUUUCAUCACUUCCCAUAUUUUCACUUAGCUUGGCAUAGAUGAGUCUCAGCAUUUAUUUAUUAAAUUUUGGAUUUCGAGCUUAAAAUGUCUAGAACAGAAUCCAUUUUCUUACCCAAAAUGUUGUCAUCUUCUGAAUUUCCUUAUUGUUGAAGGUGGCAUAGUCUUAGUAGUAAUCAAACAGGCUCAUGGCAUUCUAUGGUACUGAUCCCAAAGGGAGCUGAGUCUGUUUUUAUGUCCUUUCUUGGCUCAUUGCUGCCACUCUAGUGCAGGUCCUCAUCACAUCUUGCCUAUACAGACUCUGGCAUCAUUUCAUCUCCUACUCAAGUUGCAGUAGUUCCCUAUCAACUUUGAAAUUUUGUUUGGCUUUUAAUCUGGCCAUUUCUAGUCAUUCUACUUUGUAUAUUCUCAUUUUCCUUGACAUUUUUCUUAUAAAUAUAAUUGCUCUUGGAUCUGCAAAAAUUUCCUAGGCAGACACACCCACCACCUGGAAUAUUUUUUUCCCCCUCAUCUGCUUCCCUGUCUUCCUACUAAACUGAAAUCUUAAAUCCCACCUUCAAGAAGCCUUUCUUAGACUCCAGUAUCCCUUCCUUUAUUUACUCCAUGCUUUGUUUACAUCUUUUUGCCAUUAGAAUGUGGAUUCCUUUUAAGGGCAGAGAAUUUCUUUGUAUUCUCCAACACUUAAAUACAGUGCUUAAUAAGUGUUUGACUUCACUUGGCUUUAUUCUGUUGACUUCUGGAUGUGAAUGUCUGGAGUGCUGCCAAUGAAUGGUGACAGAAUGACCAGGUGACUGGUAAGAUUUGUCAGGAUAGAUUCAACAGAAAUCAUUUUAGUUUUCCUAGAAACAGCCCGUUUAGAUAGGGUCUUUAUUCUUAGCAUAUUAAACUGGGAGAAUGGAGGGGUGAUGGGAAAGAAAGAGGUGCUUAGCAAUUGGAAUCCCUUAUUGACAAUUGGCUAGUAGGACUCCCGGCCAGACACUCAUGGAAUGUGUAUAUAUACCAAGGAUGAUUUCAAUGACCUACUUUUAGAAGAUCAACUCAAGACAAAUGAAUUAUGUAUUUUGGAGAGGCUACAUUCUAGGGAUGAAUUGAAUAGAAUAUUAAUAAUGAACAGAAAGAUUUUCUAACAAGUCAGAAAUAAAUUUAUAGCAAAAAUUAGUAAGUUGCAGAGACAUCCAUCCCAAACUGAAACACCUUUAAAACCUUUACAGGAAACCCUAAACCUUUUCCCCACAGAAGACUGAUUUUUCUCUGCCACUCCCACUUCCUUUUCUCAUGCCCUUUUCUGUAACCUUCUAGAAAGCUGAGGUAAAUAUGAAUAAAAGUUAAAGGGAAUCCAAAUAAUGUGUAUGAAGAAUCAUUUUUGGAGAAAAAAAUUUCUAAGAAAAGUGGGUUAUCUAGUAAAACUAUUCAAUCUAUUAUGUUGAUGUUACUAUAGCAUUGGUAUGUCUGUUGCCCCAGACAGUAACUGAAUAUAAAAAUCUGGUUCAAUCAGCGGUCUAUAAUCCAUAAUUUGACUAGUCUGCUUGUCAUCAGAUAACAGUGAGACCCAUUGUGCCUUAUUCCCCGACUGAAGAUAGGUGGCAAGAAUAACAGCUUCCCUAAAGCCAGAGAUCAAAGAACAUGGCCUUUGUUUUGAAGAAGACCAAUGACAUCACAGUGAUGUCUUGAAUAUCAUCAGUGAGACAUUGACAGUUUCACUGUCUAAAAUCAUGGAAAUUUAAUGGAAAAGUCAGAACAAACUACAUCCUGGUUGAACGUCUGUUCCCAAACACGAACUACCAUGAAAUUUGUGAUUGAUAAACGGAUCACACAUGAAGAAAAGCCUAGGAUGCCUGGAUGACGCCUAAAACACAGCUUUGUCCCAGUAUCUGACCCAGAGAUCAAGUCCAUAUCAAAAUUCACCUUUGGAAGUCCUCUGUAGGUCUGGUGGGAAAGGUCCUUAUCAAGUUUUGACAAGUCACACUUCAGUAAUAGCCAAAGGAAAGGCUAUAUAGAUACAUGUGAGCCAAGGCCAAAGCUUUCUUUUUUUGGAUGCAUUGUCAGUAGGAAUUGGACCAUAUGGAAUACCUCCCUUCAAAGCUGGGAUGUUGUAUGCUUUAUUUUCUUAACUAUUAAUUCUAAUUAACAUUUAUUGUGGUCCUGUGACUAAACUAUAGACUAAUGUAAAUGUCAUCUGUGCCCAUAAUGAAGCAAGAGAUGAUGACCAUACUCCCCAUUGUCAUCGCAGUGCUCCUACGAUUUGGCCUGGCAGGUCAUGCCCUUCCACAGCAUCCAUUUAUCACAUCUAUACAAAGGGCUGUUACUGCAGCAAACUUAACAGAUUGUUGGGUCUGUUAUAAAGUGGGUAAUAUGGAAAGUGAGGUUUCUCUAAUCCCCAUACCAGCUCCACUUUCCCACUGGAUCAAUGAAUCCAUAUAUGGAGUAUACUAUUCUUCCUCCUAUUCUAAAUAUCAAUAUCUGUGGAAAUAUACAGGCCGGCCCCUCUCCCCUGAAUACGGAAAAGGACUGAAAUACAAAGUACAUGUAAGCCGCUCCUUUUAUACUUACCAAGUUGCAGGACGUCCACAGUACCGAAUACAACACCGAGGUCAGUAUCCUUUGUGUAUACAAAAUGAUAAUGGAACUGUAUACUUGGGCGAUGUUCCAGAAGAGAGAUGUGCCCAGACCCUGUGGUUUGACACUGAUGAUGGCACAUGGGAAGUGGACCCUGGAUCAAAUAGUGGAAGAAAUCUAAAAUGUGGGAAGACCUCACCAAUGACAUUCUGGGGAAAAGAGAGCUACUCCAAUUUCACCAUCCUCCCCCUCAAUUAUACCUCUGUCAGCUGGGAAAGUGAAACAAAGAACUAUCAUAAUGACACUUUAUAUGUUCUUGCUGAAGGGGGAGAGAUUGUCCACACAAGCUUUAAUAUGUCAAGUUGCCCUGGUGAAGGAUCUUUUGUCAAUUUCACACUUUUAUACCAGAUAUUUGAGUCCAUAUUUUGUGCCUAUAAUGACACCUCUUGGCAUCAUUUGACCCGUUUGUGGAAGAAUUUUGAGAAGCGAUGCCCUUGGUACUUUGAAACAGGUACUUUGAUGAUACACGGGAAAGAACGGUGGUCACCCAAUUCCACUUGGGCUCAGUAUUCUGGUAAUAGACUCACUCUAUCCCUUGCACACAUGCCAGGGCUUUAUUUCAUAUGUGGUGAUUAUGCUUAUAAGGCUUUACCUCCAGGGUGGGGAGGAACAUGCACCAUAGCCUAUCUAGUCCCUGAUCUGCAGAUACAUAAAACUUUGACCUCUACAUCUAUCUCCAACUCCGGGAGCUUCAUUAAUCGAUUUCACAAACGUACCACUAAUCCAUUGGCUGAGAAACCGUCAGGAUUCCAUGCUUUUGCCCGAGCUUUGUUCCCAUGGCUUGGGAUUUUGGAAAUUGAGAAGGCAAUAGUGAAUAUGUCUGCGGCUGUGGAAGAAGGUUUUAGUGCCACUCUAGAUGCCAUUUCCAACCUUCGCCUAGAGGUAGACCCCCUUUCUCAGGUGGUGGUUCAGAGCCGAAUGGCAUUAGAUAUGAAACGAGCGCAACAAGGAGGAGUUUGUGCAUUUAUCAACACCAUGUGUUGUUUCUAUGUCGAUAAAAAGAAUCAGAUAAGUCAGAAUGUUACCAAGUUGAAAAACUUAAUGAACACUGACCCUGAGUAGCCCUGACUUGGCAAGACUCCAAAGGAACUUGGGGGAAAUGGUGCUGGAUAUAAAUGAGUGCCAUACCUUCCAGGGAGAGCCCUAGGGAGUGCCUUAAUGUGGAUAGCCUUAGAACAAACUCAAAUUGGUUUCUGUUUCUUGGAGUAUGCUGCCUAUUGGCUGUCAUCUCUGCUAUGGUGCUGAACCCUAUAUGUGCUAUAGAACAAGGGCUAUUUAAAAAAAAAAAACCCUUGUUUGAAGAGUCAUUUUCUAGACAGUUGCUCCCCUACUUAGCUUUGAAUAAACUUAACUUUUUCAGCUGGUCCCUGAAGUUACUCAGUCUGUGGACCCAGCAGGGAAAUGAGAUUCUCCCUGAACUCUUCUGGACUUCAGGUUGAAAGAUUUCUCAAUAUCCUUAUUAGACUGUAAGCUUCAUGAAAGGGAUGUCAUAUACAUUUUGUAGCUUCCACAGCAUUCAUCAGGGCACUCUAGUGCCUGCUUAACAAGUACUGUACUUUAUUCUUCAAUUGUGGAUUCUUUCCUAAUGAUUGUCAGUGAAUAAUGUAAAGGGACAUACAUUUUGACUUAAAUACUUCUGAAAUUUGUAACGAUUUUAUAAGUAAAAAGUUGUUUUCAAAAUGAAA